GGCGGCGUCGCCGGCGCGGGAGCUCACGCAGAACCCGCUGCAGAAGACGUGGGAGCCCUACGACAACGGGCUGCCGGCGGGGCACAGCGCCCAGCGCGGCGGAACUGAACGUGGAGAAAGCGAAUGAGGUAACGGGUAACGACAACACCCAGCUGUAGCCUGAGAAUCGAGAUGUGUAUGAUGGGACUGUCGCUGUGGCUAUCAGAGCUAUGGGAAGCAAAUGAUAACCCCGAGCAAGCGGAGGGCAGAGCUGCUAGGAGCAGGCGGUGGCACGAGCCUGGCUAGCGGACAGAUGGAUUCUGCAUCCCUUGUGCCAAGGUGAUGUUAGAAACUGGUGGUCUGGACAAAAAGAAGAGAGACAAAUCCCUGUGGGAUGCGAAGAAGAGUGACUGAUUGUUAUCAUCGGUCGACGGGGAAAAAAUGGAUUAGCAAGUUACAUUGGAUAAGUAAUAGGGGAAAACGUGUAGGGCUAACCUUACUUGGAAGAAUGGUUGUGUUGACUUAAAGAUAUUUGCGUAUGAGCCUCUAAAUAGUACAGUGAUUUCAGAGAGUAGGCCUUGAGCAGACAGCAAGAAUCUUUCUGUAAACUUCAGAUGGCUUACUGUAGCAGCUUGAUACAAAAACCACCUGACCUUAAAAGUUGACUUAAAAAUUUAAUGCAAAUAAGGAAGAACCGAAAUCUCAUUUUGGGUGAAACGAAGGGACAGUUGAUAAUAUGUUAAUUAUGUAGGUAAACUUGAAAAAUACCAACUCUGUCUCUGAUUUCACAAGAUCAUGUGAAUUUUGAGGGCUGAUGAAAUGUUGCACAGCUGAUCGAGGUUGUUCAGUGUCCCAGUUUGGUUUCAAAACUUCUCUAUCUUGCACUAUUUCACAAUAGAGUCUAAGUGGCAAGAAACGAGCAUGUAGUUUCUUCUUUCCUUGACUGUUAAGUCUUAAACUUUAGAAGGGUAGGCAGUCAUAAUUUUAUUCUGAGGUGCAACUUGCUGUGUUGUUCAGUAGUAUAUAAAAAAAUUGUAACUGGGAUAAUGACUUUGCUUAAAUUACAGUAUUUGAUUUUAAUGCGCUUCAUCACUUGGCCAUUUACCUUCACUGACUGGUAUUUCGUGCAUGUUUUUAAUGUGUUCCCUCUAAGUGAGGGGAUACAACAUACAUUUCUUUUUGAUGCUGCUGUUUAUAAACAUGCAAUUACAUGCAUAUAUUAUAAACAUGUAUUUUAAAGAAAAACUCUGAGUAAAGUCAUAGAGCAUCUUUAACAAAUGAUGACAUACAACCCUAUGUGUUUUGUUUUGCUGUUCUGAAUGUGUACGUUCUUCUAGCAAAAUUAGUGUUGAUAGCACAUCCACAUGUUGAGACUGUUGGAUACUCUUAGGGGUUACAUAUGUGAAGCAGUAUUAAAAAAUGAGUUUGUUUUCUUGAGACUAGAUUGUGUAGAGAGAUUUCUGGAGGUAAACCAGACAAUCCAGCCAUAAGGAGUUGAGAGAAAGCUGUGCUUAGGAGUCUGCUGUGGCUCUGCAACUUGCACCUGUGUAGCUAGUUUUGUGCUGCAAAUUGUUUUUCAUAUCAACUGACUGAUGGUGAGGUGCUGUGAAAAGGGAAUUGAGCGUUGUGCCGUUGGGAAAAUAGUUAACUGAAGAGGCUUUUUUUUUUAUUCCAGGAGUUAGAUAUGUGUAACUGGUGGUUUGUUUGGGUUUUUUGUCAGUUCACAUCCUCGUGUCAAAAUUGCUUAUGUUUCUUCCAAGGAAGGUGUAAGUCUUGAGACAUAUUUUAAAUACUGUCAUUGGAAUGAAUGUUCCUCCCCACUUGUAGUGAGUGUUGGCGACAUUUUGUUGAGAAAUUUGUGGUUCAGAUAAAGUGAGAGAAAAUUAAAUUAUUUUUAACUUGAGUAUUUGAUAUGUCCUCAGAACUUCUAGUCUCGACUUUUUUACUGAGCUAAGGAGCAAAGUUAAGCCUUGUUAAUGACAGAAGAUCAUAAGGAAGAAAACAAAAACCUUUGCUGUGCUGAGUCUUAUGUGUGUUGUUGAGAACACUACACUGAAGUACAUAAGAAAUCAAAUAGUUAACUUUGCGUGCUUUUAUUUUCAGUCCUCUCUUUUAGUUGUUAACAUCUACUGUUUUGGCCAGCAAACGUGCCUUUGACUUCUGCCUCCAAAUGCAUAGGUGCGCUUGUCGCAAAGUGCCACCUGUAUGAGUGGUAUUGGACUGCAACCACUGUAAACCAUCUAAACCAAAACACCAAACAUUUUUUAGUGCCCCGAAUUUUGGAUUGUGAACUGGCAUCCUCUUGUUGAAGACAGAAGUGCUUUCAGACCAGCUCAGUGCUAAUGGGUGGUAUACACCGUAGCACCAUGUACUGUGCAGUGGUGUUUGAUCCACUGUGCAGUGUGAGAUCAUUGGAGUUGGUGGUAUUCCACCUUGUGGUGUGCAGGACACCUGUCUUACUGGUAUCUGCCUUCAAAGAGGAAAAGCACUCUUGCUCAGCCUUGCACCUAAUCAGAACAGGAUUGCAAUUUGUUUGAUUGGGAUCAGUAGAUAAUUCCCUUGGUUCCUGCUCUAUGGUCACACACUAAAUAGCGGUGCACAGAAUGAUCAGAAUAACAGAUUAGGUGUGCAUGUUAAACUGUACGCAUAGGACUAAUAAAGGCAAUUCUGCUAGUUUUUGUGCUUUGAGGAAAUUUGUGUGAAAAUGCAAGUGAUGCUGGACUUGCACACUGACUGCUUGGCAAUGGGGAGAAAGGUCCCUCUUGCAUGUUGUUGUAGUUGUGUACCUCUGGUUUGCUGUUCAGUCAGAAGAUUGCAAACUGACAUUGGCAGUAGGACUGAGCUUUGAGAGCAGUUGUCGGUGUAAUUUGUGAAGCAACCACUUAAGCAGGUUGCACGUUUCUUCACGGUAGCUUCCUAGCCCUGAGUUUUACAGAAUGGAGUUUUGCUCCAGUGUAGGUUUAUCAUUGCAUUACCAAAAGACAAAUGGUCUGUGAGAAGGCUAAAUUUGUAUGACUCAUCCCAGAAGAAGAAGGAGGAAAAAAAAAAGGUGAUCUAGGUAUAAUGUUAGUUGGUAAAUUCUGCCCAGAAUGGGUGGAAGAGCCUGUUUCAGUUGGCAUAGUUCCUUGCAGAACAGGUGGAUCUGAGGCUGUGUAUAGAGCCUUUCCGUGCAUAUCUUGGUUUGUCUUUUACAACUCUUAUUUCACUGCUUAUACUGCAAAAUUGUUUAAAACUUGAGCUAGGUAUUUCAGGUGAAGAACCUUUUAAGAGAAGACAUUGUUCUUCAAAGCCAGUUUAAUAUUUCUAGGGGCUAAGGGAUUUCUCUCAUCUCAAUAUUUUACUGUCCUUAAAACUAGAAGCAAAGCUGUUAAGCUUAGUAAGCACUGUACUCUUUGCACUUCGUAAACUUUGUUUCCCCAGAGCCUACCUUCCUCCUCUUGAAGAGGGGGUUUGCAGGCCUGAAAUUCCGACAAAGAGGAAGAGGGACAAGAAAACUUGUUUAGAGGCUUCUGCACAGAGGAGCUUACUCUGAGGGUGUUUAUCAGUGUCCUUCUGGAGACACGGACAUGUUUGGAUGGAUCUGUUUGGUUCGCAUUCAGUUCCCUGUAACUUCCAUUACAUGGAGUGGUAGACUGUUUCAUGGAUUUGAGGUUAGGUGUGGGUUUGCCUCCUCUCUCAUGAAAAGUGGUGUAUUUUUAAUGGAUUUGGGUGUUGGUUUUUUCAUUUCAAUGUGUGUUUUAAGAAAGUCUAUCUGUCUUUGCUAAUUUGUUUGUUCUCUUUUGAUGGGUUUACUAUGCGGAGUAGCUGUGCCAGAUUCGUGCAAGUGACUUUGUGGGAUGGGACUUUGUUAAUCCAAGAUUUGGGAAUCUCGGGCAAUCAUAGUGCUUUGUACAACAGCUUAGUUAUGCCUUACGGUGUAACACUAAGCUUUAGUUUUUUGGAGCAAAUUGACUCCUCCUCUAUCAAGACACUAAGGAAAUUGAUGCAUAUGUGGAUUGUAUACAAAUUAAUUCCCUUUGAAAUAAGAGGAUGGAGGGAGCCGGUGGUACCUCUGCGGCACUUUAAUAUCUUCUUUCUUUUUAGGCAGUUCCUUGUAGCUGUGAUAGAUUCAUGCAAGUAUGUAUGACCAAUUGCCCUACUCUGAUUGUCAUGGUGGGUCUCCCAGCAAGAGGAAAAACCUACAUCUCGAAGAAGCUGACACGCUAUUUAAAUUGGAUUGGAGUGCCUACAAAAGAAUUUAACGUUGGUCAGUAUCGUCGAGAUUUGGUGAAAAAGUAUAAAUCUUUUGAAUUCUUCCUGCCUGACAAUGAAGAAGGCUUGAAAAUCAGGAAACAGUGUGCCUUAGCAGCGCUGAAUGACGUCCGACAGUACCUCAGUGAAGAAAAUGGGCAUGUGGCUGUCUUUGAUGCUACAAACACAACUCGAGAACGUAGAGAAACUAUUUAUAAAUUUGGUGAAGAAAAUGGAUAUAAGACUUUUUUCGUUGAGUCAGUAUGCGUUGAUCCAGAGGUUAUCGCUGCAAACAUUGUGCAAGUGAAACUGGGUAGUCCUGACUAUGUUGAUUGUAGUAACGAUGAAGCAACAGAAGAUUUCAUGAAAAGAAUAGAGUGCUACAAGAACUCGUAUGAGACGUUAGAUGAAACUCUUGACAAGGAUCUUUCUUAUAUUAAAAUUAUGGAUGUCGGAAGGAGUUACCUUGUGAACAGAGUCAUGGAUCACAUCCAGAGCCGGAUUGUCUACUACCUCAUGAAUAUCCAUGUGACUCCCCGGUCAAUCUACCUCUGUCGACAUGGAGAAAGUGAACUCAAUCUGAAAGGGAGAAUAGGAGGAGAUCCUGGACUGUCUGUCAGGGGGAAAGAAUUUGCCAAAAGCUUGGCACAAUUUAUUAAUGAGCAAAAUAUCAAAGAUCUGAAAGUUUGGACCAGCCAGAUGAAAAGGACAAUUCAGACUGCUGAAGCCUUGGGAGUGCCUUACGAGCAGUGGAAGGUUUUGAAUGAGAUAGAUGCAGGAGUGUGUGAAGAAAUGACGUAUGAAGAAAUACAGGAAAAUUAUCCGCUUGAAUUUGCACUGAGAGACCAAGACAAAUACAGAUACAGAUACCCUAAAGGAGAGUCCUAUGAAGAUCUUGUUCAGAGACUGGAGCCGGUAAUUAUGGAACUUGAAAGGCAGGAAAAUGUGCUUGUCAUAUGUCACCAAGCUGUCAUGCGCUGUUUGCUUGCAUAUUUUCUUGACAAGCCUGCAGAACAACUGCCUUACCUGAAGUGCCCACUGCAUACUGUCUUAAAGCUAACCCCCGUGGCUUAUGGAUGUAAAGUAGAAUCUAUAUUCCUGAAUGUUGAAGCUGUAAACACACACAGAGAUAAACCCGAGAAUGUAGACAUUUCCCGACCUCCCGAGGACGCUCUUGUAACAGUCCCUGCUCAUCAGUGAAUCCUGUGUGCUGAUCAACUAUCGAACUUGGGAAUGUAGGUGUGGAUCGGUCAAGAGAAGAAGCGUUGAGGACAGUACCUAACCACCUAUAGCUCCAGUUCCCGGGGCGGCAGCCCUUCCUCCAGCGCAAGAGCAUUAAGUAGCAGCUCAGGUCCAGGAGAAUGGAGAAGGC